CAUAUGUACACGUAUUAACUGAUACCUCUCUGCUGAGUUUGAUAGGCUCGUGUAUUCUAUUCCUAUCGCUUCUAACAUGGCGAAUAUCGAUGCCUUGCCAACCGUAUCCGCGAGCAAACAGCCCGACUCAACGAUAGAGAUGCAGCAACUUAGUGAUGCUUUCCGCUCAGUCCUAAACAUUGCGGAAGAAGCGCAAUCCGGAUCGUCGUCUUCUAAUCUUACCGAUUUGACAGACCAUUCGGAUGAAAAUGUUGCAAGAAAUAAAGCACAAUGGAAGGAUUUCUUUACCUUUAUGGGCGAAAAGGCCAAGAACUCGGAAUAUCCAAAGUAUUUAUUUCGAGCUCAUAAUCACGGUCACCCGUUUCCCCGAUUUCUAGACGAUGGCACGGGACAAUACAGCGAUAGCUUCGGCUCUGACCUUCAUCUUUGGGUUGAAUAUGACGCACAAUCUCCAAUAUGUGUCCCCAUAGGCGAUCUGACGGAGUUCUAUACCGUUGAAGAUUUCUUCUCGGAGCUGAGAUUUCAUCUGGAAAAGACCCAGAUUAAUGGCCAGGAAGAACGUGCUGGAGAGAAACCAACCCUGUCUUCCAUCGUCUCUCUUAGUGGUGACUUUCAGUGGACAGCACAGAGAAUCUGUUCGGUUGGUAGGAGGGCGACCAAAGACCAAAGACCUGGCUUGGCUGUCUUUGAAACAUCAUUGAUUGACCCUAGUAUGGUGCGUGUCUGGAGGGUAAUGGAUAUGCUGUUAUUCCUUGACACCACCAUGCUUCUGAAGAGAUCUGUUAAUAUUCCUUUAAAUCUCCGUCGCUGGGCCGGCAAUGCCGAUGAAUAUGUUUGUUGGAGCUUUGUUCCCCGCGAGGCAUUGAUUACGUUUAUUCCUUUGCCUAAAUUAACAGAAGCGCCCAAUUAUGGUGGGAAGGCUUUUUUGAGGAAAGAGUUUGUGCAAUCCAACUACUUGGCAGAUUUCAGGCGACAAACUCCGGUACAGCUCUCCAAAGAGGAGUAUGCAGAUAGGGUAUCAAAUUUUGUAAGCAACAUCAUCUCUGAUGCUUUCUCUUGGGAGGAAGCGGAACCGUUGGGUAUGCACAUGGCAGAGCUGCUGUCAAGGCCCAGCUUAUGGGGCUACGAUGUUACCCCGAUGAUUGUAGACUUGAAAAAAGCAAUCUCGUCGGCCAUGGAAGCACACCGGGAACGGAUUUCUUUGUUGGAUAACUAAGGGAUCCUUGAUCAUAAUGUAAAGAGACUGUUUAAUCACAGACCUUGUUUGUUGCGUCUAAAAUGUACCUUCAACAGGCCGAAAGGCAGUGGCCAUCUCACCAAUCAACAUCUGAGAAGACUAUCAAAUACAUUUUGGCUGCCGUUUCGGCCCUC